CAUCCUUGUAUUUUGUCUGAUAGUGUGUUGUAAUAUACAAUAUAUAGCAACAAAUACACUAGCAUAUAUACACCCACCUACCUCUCACUUUUACUAUCACUAUCUAAUGGAUCGCAUCGAACGAAGAUCACUCAUAGACGUCGUAGAUAACAGUAUCAUUGAUUUAGCAGACAAGUACUGUAGGACUGUAAGAAAAGCCACAAAACCGGGCGCUUCUCACGAGUUGAGAGCUGGUACAACAUCAAUUCCCUGGAUAUGCACAAUGUUAGCGGCUGAAAACCUGGGUCUUCUUAGUCAAUUUGAUGAAACAGUCGCGUUAUCAAGAUCAGCAACACGGCCGAAAGAUUUCAAAAUGGUUGUAGAAACCUGUAGAAAGAUCUUAACGAUAGAGGAGGACAAAAGUGAAGAGAAAGCAAUUGCCAAAAUUGAGAUCACACCGGAUGAACUUGUAUUAGAAUACGAACUUCCUAGAUCACGUAUAGACGAUUGCAAACAGCUCCUUAAACUAUUCUAUGCAGCUGUGGAGGUUGAAAAACAGCAAAUAUAUGUCGAUAACGUGAAAGGACAGUACAAAAAUGAGGUACUUAGCGCUGUAUUUUGGUCUAUGGGCGCAUCGCUUAAUGUACACGAUUUGCCUACACGUAAUCAGUUUAUUUCUGAUUGGCAACUUACCCGUCCAUUUCACAAAUACGCAGAAGAUGUUGAUUAUUAUCUUAAGGAGGAUCUUGAUUCACUUAGAAAGACAGGAGAACUCCAGCGAAAAUCAUCACCUAAGCGUGAACUCGGUCUUGAGCAAUCGCUCACCACGAAUACGAAGAGAAGGCGUACUGCGGCUGAGCAGGCUGAUAUCAAAAGACAACCAACUCAGACGACAACGAGGAACCAACAGAACAGAACUCGCACGAAUGAUGCACUGCAAGAUCUUCAAUCACGUAGAAUAAUACCACAGAAGGCUAAGGAUGUUAAUACUACACCACAGAAGCCAGCCACUAAAAGUGCAGAAGCGAAGCAAACACCACGCAGAGCGGUUGCGCGUGCGAUGAGACAACAGCGACUUGAAACUGUCAAAGAAAACAAUGACAAUGAUGAAGACCAAGAGGAUGAUAGUCUUUUCAUAAACCGCUGGUGUUUCACUGACACAUUCAGGUCUUCAUACCAAGAUUCGCGUUGGGAUAGAUUCUUAGACGUUCGAAGUAGCUUAGUUGAUAAGAUAGCCUAACUAAACCCAUUAUACCAUCUUCUAAUUUAAAUUAUUCGAAUGCAUCCAUCAGUUUACUUUCUGUUCAGACUGUGUACACAUCUAUAUACACCUGCGUAGAUGUAGGAUAUAUUGAUAAAUUACACAUGUGCUAUAUCAUUACGAUCAUAAGAAGUAGCUAACCUCCCGAGCUUCCUGAUUUUGUAUUUGCAACGGACCAUCUCUCUCAUUUUCCGGUGCAGCCUCGAAAACAUUGAAAUGCCUCUGGCCAUUCGGUCCAACCUCGAGUAUACUCGCAUUGUUACCACAUCUAUAACAAUAAUUUGGUGCACUCCAUACCGUGCUGAGCUCAUCGUCGAAUAACACACUAUAACCUUCCAUACAGAGUUGGUGAGCUCUCAGUAUGUGCUGCAUAUCGUUCAUUUGCAAGAACUUUUUAACUACCUGUGAUCCAAACGUGUAUCCUGCUCCUCGUGGAGAUAUCGCAAACUCCUCUUUACCAGGGUCAGGAUCAGACCAGACCAAGUCAGCCAUCGGUCCUUCAUGGGGUAUCUCUCUAAACCUGUCUAUGAUCUUGAUCUGGUCGAGCGUGUGUAUAGAAGGGGAUAAACCUCCAUGCACACAGAAAAUGCGAUUAUCGAUGACGACGCUCAGCGUCAGGUAAUCGAACAUAUCAGUGAAAGCUGUCCAUACGGUAGGUGAGCCGUAUUUCUUGAGACACUCCACAUAGAAUCCAUAGGUUUGUGUAACAGCUCUCGAUUCGUGAUUACCUCUAAUAAGCUGUACACGUUCUGGAUAUCGCAGCUUUAGGCACGUAAGGAGAGAGAUAGUCUCUACGCUGAACAAACCCCGGUCAACAUAAUCGCCGAGGAAGAGAUAAUUCGUAUGGGGACUGUAUCCACCUAUUCUCAUGAGUUCAAUGAGAUCAUAGAAUUGACCAUGAAUAUCGCCGACGACAGUCACAGGGGCAGAAAUAUGUACUACGUUCGAUUCCCGCAUUAAGACUUGUUUUGUACGUUCGCAUAUUUCCUUUAUUAGUGCUUCACCCAGUAAUUGCUUCUUCAGCAGCUGUUCGAUACAGACAUCGAGAUCUAAAUUGGGCAUAAUCUAAUAUCCCAAA